UAUGGAUAAAGCAGAAGCAGAGACAUUCAAAUAACCUUUGAUAAAUGAAGUUAGUUAAUAGUUUAGUAUCAAAUCAAAACAAUCAAGAAAAAAGUCAUAAUUAUCAAUUUUGACUGACCAUUCAAAAAUGGACCCUCAUUUAUAUGAAAUCCCAGAUCUAACUUAGAUAACAUAAAAAGUACUUUGUCGUUUGAUCAUUGUUUCAGUAGUUUGUAUCAUAUUUCUGGUGGCUGAAGUAAAGAAUAUAUUAAUCCUAAAAAGGUUAUUGGAGGUUUAUGGGCUUAAUCGUUGGCAAUCUUAUCUGAUGCAGCUCAUAUGUUUUCAGAUAUGAGUGGCUUCUUCAUUUCAAUUUUCUCCAUCUGGCUUGGAUAAAGACCAGCCUCUUAAAACAUGUCUUUUGGAUAUCAUCGAGCAGAAGUAAUCGGUGCUUUAGGUAGUAUUAUAUUGAUAUGGGGAUUGACAAUCCUUUUAUUCUAUGAAGCCACAGUUAGAGUCAUAGAAGAGGCUAUAGUCACUGACCCAUUAAUAAUGUUGAUUACAGCAGGAUUUGGAUUAUUUUGUAAUUUAGUUAUGGCCAAAGUAUUGCAUUCUUCUCCUACAGGAGGACAUGAUCAUGGAAACAUUAUGCAUUAAUGUAGUGGUCAUGAUCAUGGACAUAGUCAUGGUCAUGGUAAAGGUAAUGAUCAUAAUCAUAAUCACAAUCAUGAUCAUAGUCAUAGUCAUGGGACUGAUGAUAGUCAUUCAAAAGGGAAAUAGUAAUAAUAAUAACAGAAGAAAAAGAAAAAGAUUAAUAUAAAAUAAAAGAGACAAUAAGUUAGUGAGAAUGGAAUUAGUAUGUUAGUUGUAGAGUAAAGUAUUGAAUCAGAAUCAAGUGAAAAGAUAUUAACAAUCAAAGAAGAAAGUGAAAGUUCUUCCUCUUGUAAAAGCAAUUAAUAAUAAGAUUUUGGAUAAAAGUAAAAAUAAUAAUCUCGUGAACAUAAUCAUUCAGAAAAUUGUGGCCAUGAUCAUCAAUAAAUUUAUAUUCCAAAUGAUAUUGAAAAUUAAAAAGUUAAGAAUUCUAAAAAUAAGAAAGUUGCAAAAUAAGAUAGUUCAGAAGAUGAUCAUAGUAGUUGUCAAGGAAAAGAACAUAAUCAUGAACAUAGUCAUGAUCAUGAACAUAGUAAUGAACAUGAACAUAGUCAUGAACAUGAACAUAGUCAUGAUCAUAACAAAAAAUCUAAAAAAAGUAAAUUAAAAAGUAAAAAUUUAACUGAAAUUAAUGAACAUGAUAACUAUAAUCUUAAAGCUGCUAUGAUACAUGUUAUUGGUGAUAUUUUAUAAUCCAUUGGAGUACUUAUUGCUGCCAUUUUGAUAUAUAUUUUUGGAUAAUAAAAAGAUGAAAAUAAUCAAAUUGUUUUUACUUAUUGGUAAUAUGCUGAUCCCUUAUGCACAUAUCUUUUUAGUAUUCUUGUACUCUUUACAACAUUUGGAGUUGCAAAAGAAUGCUUAAGAGUUUUAAUGGAAGGUACUCCACAAAGUAAUAUUAUUUUUAAUAUUAUUUAGAUUUAAUAAUUGAAGAAUUUAAUGAUUAAUUAAAGGCCAUUCACAGAGUUAAAGAAGUUCAUGAUCUACAUAUAUGGUCACUUUCAGUAGGAAAGCCAGCCAUGUCUGCACAUAUAGUCUGUAUCGAAAAUCCAGAAUAUGUAUUAAGAAAAGCUACUAAAUUAUGCAGACAAUUUGGAAUCUAUCAUUCUACAAUUUAGAUAGAAUUAUAUGACCGAUAAGGUGCAAACGAUUACAUUAAAUGUAAUCACAAUUUACAUAAAUGAA